AUGGCGCCCAGCAGAGAGGCGUGUGCGAUCGCCAUGGCCGUGGCAGCCCCGUUCAUCGCAAUGGCAAGCAACAUCGGCACCGACAACGUUGAGAAGCGGCGCAGGACCUCGUCCGACAUGCUCCAGCGCACCGUCUCCGACGUCUCCUUCCAGCUCCACCACCACGGCCCCGCCAAGGAGGAGGAAGAGGCGGCGGCGGAGGCGGAGAUGAAGCUGCUCCACCCGGUCUCCGAGGUGGAGGACGCCAAGUGCGAGUGCUGCGGCAUGUCGGAGGAGUGCACGCCGGAGUACAUCCGCGGCGUGCGCGGCCGGUUCUCGGGGCGGUGGGUCUGCGGGCUGUGCGCCGAGGCCGUGAAUGAGGAGGCCGAGAAGAACGGAGGGUCGCUGGAGGAGGCGCUCCGGACGCACAUGGGCGUGUGCAAGAGGUUCAACGGCUUUGGGAGGACGUACCCGGUGCUGUUCCAGGCGGAGGCCAUGAGGGAGAUCCUGAGGAAGCGGUCCAAGCUCGGGCCGAGGUCCAGGACCGGCAUCAACCCCCGGGAGGUCAGGGAAACCGCCUCCAAGGCGAAGGCGAAGGGUUCAGCCGGCGCCGGCGGCAUCGCACGCAGCUCCAGCUGCAUGCCGUUCAUCACCGACGAGUUCAGCGACUAG